CAACAGUUCCGAUUGGCCAGGAUGAGCCGUACCACGGCAGUGGCGGGGGAACGGGUCGUGGACCCUGAGCCGCAGACCCGGAGGCAGUGAGGGUCACAGCCUCAGGCCCCAGGUUCCUUUUGCGCUGCGCUGUGCCAGGCCCCUCGCGAGAAUGCAGUGGCCCGUGGGCCGGCGGUGGGCAUGGGCCGCACUGCUGCUGGCGGCCGUAGCUGUGCUGGCCCAGGUGGUCUGGAUCUGGCUGGGCACCCAGAGUUUCAUCUUCGAGCACGAAGAGAUCGCGCUGCUGGCGCGGCAGUAUGCUGGGCUGGACCACGAGCUGGCCUUUUCUCGGCUGAUCGUGGAGCUGCGGCGGCUGCACCCAGGCCACGUGCUGCCCGAUGAGGAACUGCAGUGGGUGUUCGUGAACGCGGGAGGCUGGAUGGGCGCCAUGUGCCUUCUGCACGCCUCGCUGUCCGAGUAUGUGCUGCUCUUCGGCACCGCCCUGGGCUCUGGCGGCCACUCGGGGCGCUAUUGGGCUGAGAUCUCAGAUACCAUCAUCUCUGGCACUUUCCACCAGUGGAGAGAGGGCACUACCAAAAGUGAGGUCUUCUACCCAGGGGAGACAGUGGUGCACGGGCCUGGCGAGGCAACGGCUGUGGAGUGGGGGCCAAACACAUGGAUGGUGGAGUACGGCCGGGGUGUCAUCCCAUCUACCCUGGCCUUCGCGCUGGCUGACACCAUCUUCAGCACCCAGGACUUCCUCACUCUCUUCUACACCCUCCGAGCCUAUGCCCGGGGCCUCCGGCUUGAACUUACCACCUACCUCUUCGGCCAGGACCCCUGACCAGCCAGGCCUGAAGGAGGACCUGUGGAUGGACAGGAGCGGGCAGGCCCGCACACAUCCACUUGCCAGAGCCCAUGUGGAAAGACAGGGACACACAACACACAGAUACAGAGUUCCUGGUGUACAAGCAGGGCCACACACAUGCUUUAUACAACCAUAGAGACUCAUGGGAACAUACGGGACACACAGACACUGACUGCUGUGGAUAUGGCAGCAUCACGCAUUCGCACCCAUCCAGAGAGGGAGCCCCACGUAUACCCAGGGGGCCAGUCAUGUUCCAGUGUACACCCACAGGCUCAACUCACUAACUCAGGCCUUUCCAGAGCUUCUCUGCCCCUAGUCAGGGCUCUGGAGUUAGGGAUGGGGUGGCAGUCACAAACUGCCUGGGUCUGACCCUUCAACCCAGCAGCAGCUUGGGGCGGGUGGGAUGAGGGAGAAGAGGAGCUGCCUUUGGAGGCUCCCUUCACCUGCAGCCAUGACGCCCUUCCCCUUCAUCUCCUUGUCCUCACCAUAUGCCUUACCCUAGUCUGUUCCCCUGCUAUGCAAGUCCCCUCGUGCCUGUCCCCCACCCUCCAAACCAAGUUAUCUGGAAACCAGAAUAAUGCAGAAAUUGCUGAGGUCAUACUUCCCCCCAGAGUAUGAUGGGGAUGGGGAGGCUGGCCUCAGCGCAGGGCCCACUGGGAGAGGACCUGGAUAGGUGGGCCCAGGUCCAAGGGGCCAUGGCUGGUCUAGAGAAAGCCUUGUCUGCCCACACACACAGACCCCCAUCGCAGUUUCCAGACACUGCCCUUGCUACAUUCUCUGUCCAUCUGUCUGUCUCUGUUAAUAAAGACCUGUUGAACAGUUUCA